UGCCGCGUUCAUAUGCUAGUCGGAACUAGGAAACUCGGAAAUUUCCGAUUUGCUGAUUCGUUGAACGUGUUUAAAUACAACCAGUUAGCAAGUCGGAAUUAUCAGAGUUUCCUAGUUCCGACUAGUAUCUGAACGUGGCACUAGUCUUUAAAUUAAAACUAGACAAUUUCCUCUACGCCAACAACAGGGAGUGAACAGUUUGGAAUCGCGAGGUGUGGAUUUGUGACUACGCCAAUAAAUGGCAAUAUCCAUCCGGACCUUCUCAAAUAGUACUUAAGUACCCCUGCAACAGGCCAUCAUUACAAAGCAGAUGUAAGGGAUUUGCCAUCGCCUGCCUUACUUCAUCAACUUUUAGUUAUUUCUUAAAGAACAGAAAAUGGCGACAACGACCUUGAUUUUGAGGAGUUUGCUAGUAUUCGCAGUGGUUGCAAUCUCGCCGGGAAAUGGAGCGCGAUACGCGGCCAAUUGGACAAGUAUCGAUUCCCGGCCACUACCAGUGUGGUACGACGAGGCGAAGAUCGGGAUUUUCGUUCACUGGGGGGUAUUCUCCGUUCCCGGGUACGGCCAGUUCAGCGAGUGGUUCUGGUAUUGGUGGAAAGGCGCACAGAGAGCGGCCGAGGUUGGGUUUAUGAAGAAAAACUACCCCCCGGAUUUUAAAUACGCAGAUUUCGCGCACGAUUUCAAAGCGCAGUUCUUCGACCCUGAUGAGUGGGCUGAUAUUUUUGAAGCUUCUGGAGCCAAGUACGUGGUGUUCACAGCCAAGCAUCACGAGGGCUUCUGUAACUGGCCGUCUGCAGACUCCUGGAACUGGAACUCAGUGGAUACCGGACCACACAGAGACCUGGUGGGAGACCUGGCAGCUGCCAUACGCAAGAGGAAGGGACUGCACUUUGGCCUGUACCACUCCCUGUAUGAGUGGUUCCAUCCACUGUACCUGAAGGACAAAGCUUCCGGGUUCAAGACCCAGGAGUUUGUCUUCCGGAAGGCUCUUCCUGAGCUGGUUAACCUGGUGAUGACCUAUAAGCCGGAGCUGAUCUGGUCCGAUGGGGAUUGGGAAGCUCCGGACACCUACUGGAACUCAACAGAAUUCUUGGCCUGGCUCUACAACGACAGUCCUAUCAAGGACUUUGUGGUGGUCAAUGACAGAUGGGGGAAUGGUUGUUACUGCAAACAUGGUGGCUACUAUAACUGUGAAGACAGGUUCACUCCAGGCUCUCUGCCCGGCCACAAGUGGGAGAAAUGCCAGUCCAUCGACAACCGCUCCUGGGGUUACCGUAGAAACAUGAAGAUCAUCGAGCUGAUGGACCUGCCCACCAUCAUAGAGGACAUGGUGUAUGUGGUGGCCCUGGGGGGUAACUACCUGCUGAACAUCGGCCCCAUGGAGGACGGCAUGAUCUCCCCUCUCUUUGAGGAGAGGCUGAGGGGCAUGGGGGCCUGGCUGGGGGUCAACGGAGAGGCCAUCUACUCCUCCAAACCCUGGAGGAUCCAGGGGGAGAACGCCACCGUACCUGUCUGGUACACCUCUAAGAACAACACAGUCUAUGCCAUACUGCUGGCAUGGCCUUCCAAACUGCUGUUCAGCCUCGCAGCACCCAAAACCUCUGAGGCCACUAAUGUCGCUAUACUGGACAACCCGUCCGUAUCUCUGAAGUGGGUAUCGACGACACCAACCGGACUGGUGGUAGUCAUGCCUGACAACAUGCCAGUUUCCCCGGGCCGAGGCUGGGUCCUGAAACUAGAGGGAGUAGAGUGAGGAGGCAGUUUCCCCGGGCCGAGGCUGGGUCCUGAAACUAGAGGGAGUAGCGUGAGGAGGCAGUGAACGUAAAACUGUUUUGUUAUUAUACGUCAAGCGAUUAUGACUGUAAAUGUUUAGUUUUAAUAUCAGCGGUUGAAAUGUAAUUUUUUAGGACAUUGAUACUAGUUGACGUGUGAGGCAGCUGAAGCCUAGCUGCCUGAAUGUGCAAUAGAUAUCGAGACACUGCAGAGCCGCUAUCAACAAUGGCCUCUUUAUAAAGUGAGGGAAAAUUGUGUUGUCUGAAGAGAUGGCGUGAGAGGAGAUGCGGUGUACAAUUCAAGGCUAUCUUGGUUCGUGCAGGUGACUGUGACCACCUCCUCCUCAGACCAAUUUGGCUCUGGGAACCGAAAGGAGCAUCUCAGUUUCAAGGUCCCAGCUUUGAGAGAGAAGCCUCGUGAGGUAUCAGUCAGUCACAUGCAGGAACCAACGUUAAUAAUGAAUAAUGUAAAUCAUGCUUAUAUGACUUCAGGUAGCACUAUAUAAGGACUGAAAGGGAACGCCCUAGAGAAAAUAUGGUAGACUGUAUGUGUCAAAGUGAUUGAUGGGCUAUUUAUGUGUCCUGUGUUUGUCCUUUUAAGGACAUCAUGUCCGGAUGUUCUCAUGCUAUCCAGUGAGUCCUUAUGUAACUUGAUAGUGCAGCUGUUCCUUUGAAGUAAAGCACCUGUUUUUUAAAUAAAAAGUAAUGUCCUGGUGA